AUGUGUAUGCAUAUUUUACAGGCCUAUGCAACAAGCACACAGCUGUAUAACUGGUAUUUCAGCCCGGCAGAUGUAGCUGCCCAACGUCAGGAAUGUAAUGCUGUAGCGCGCAAACGUCUUGUACAAGCAGCUGCGCAAAAAGCAGAAUCUGACGAAUACGUAAACGACGAGGAUAAGCUAGUUGCUCUCGAUCCGGAUGAAGAAUUCAACAUUGUAAAGCGAUACAUCUAUCUCAUGAGAGCAUUGUGCGAGAAGUUUACCAACCCGAAAUUGCCGGAUGAAGUUUUUGGAUUCGCAGUCACCUAUCUCAAACGAUUUUAUUUGCAUCAUUCAGUGAUGGAUUUCUAUCCCCGUGAGAUGAUGCUUACCUGUUUGUAUAUGGCCUGUAAAGCAGCCGAUUUCCCGAUCGGGAUCCAAACAUUCACUUCUCACAUUCCCCGCAAUCAAGAUCGCUACAGUUAUUUUAUUCUCAAUUCGGAGUUGUUCCUGCUUGAAUCCCUCAGUUACGAUUUGUGGGUAUUCACACCCUACCGGCCAUUGACCGGACUAAUCAUGGAUUUGGUUGCUUAUCAGAAACGACUUCAUCAGAACCGGAACGGUACUGAUGUCAGUUUAAAUGAAAUAGAGCUUGUUAACGAAUUGCGCAAAGAGGGGACCGAACUGAUCAAUCUGUGGUAUCAAACUGAUUUGUGCCUCACCGUACACCCGAGUCAGUUCGCUUUGGCUGUCCUCGUCGAGUUGGGCCGCACACGGCCGCACCUCGAUGUGGAAGUGUUUGUACGCGAUGAACUGUGUGGUUGUGAUCCGAUGCAGAAACCGAAGAAGCCGUCUGUCACCAGUUCAAAUGGGCAAGACACAGAAGACGAGGAUGAUUUCGAGGAUGACGAUGCAUUGGGUUCGGGGUCGCGACGCCCAGGAAUUAAGGCUGACAGAACGCAGAAACGAAGCGCAUCGCCGACAACACAAAAGUCCGAUCCGAUACCACCAGACGAGCGCUGGAAACAACUAUCCGAGCGUUUGGAUCAUAUUCGAUCUAUGGUGAAUGAAUUUGACUUUGUGUACAGUUUACAACCGGUAACCGACGAAGAGGCUAAGCUGGAAAAGUGUCGCAAUCCGUUGUACAACUUGGAUUCUGAUGAGUAUAAAGAAGCGAAAUCCAAAGCGGACAGUUUGCUGGCUACUUUGGAAUGA